AAUGUUUAGUGUAGUGCAGAGGGCGGUGCGUGGGUGGAGGCGGGGGGCGCGGGGGGUGGCGCAGUUCCGCGUGAAUCGCUCGGACUGCUGCGAGCAGCGGCCGCCGCGGCGCGUGCACGACCCGCACGCGUGCGCGCCGCGCGACGCGGGGCUGGUGCUGGGCGUGUACCGCAACGACGCGCUGCCGGCCGCCGCCGCCACCGCGCUCACCGCCGCCGCGCGCGCCUACGACUGCCGGGUGCGCGGCAAGCUGGGCAAGCUGCUGAAGCUGGCGUCGGCGCCGGGCCCGGGCGAGGCGCGCGUGUUCUACGACGUGGACCCCGAGCACGCGUUCGUGGCGGUGGCGGGGCUCGGGUCCGAGUGCGUGGCGCCGGGCGGGCACGAGGGCCGCGACGAGGCGGCGGAGGCGGCGCGCGUGGCGGCGGCGGCGGGCGUGCGCGCGCUGCUCCCGCUGCGGCCGCGCGAGCUGCGCGUGGAGUCGUUCGGGCGCGCAGAGGCGGCGGCGGAGGGCGCGGCGCUGGCGGCGUGGCGCUUCGACGAGUACCGCAGCGCGCCCCGAGUGCCGCCGCCCGCGCUGCGCCUGCACGACGACUGCGACGAGCUGGGCUGGCGCAGCGGCCGCCUCAAGGCCGAGGCGCAGAACCUGGCGCGCCACCUGCAGGAGAUGCCCGCCAACCUGCUUAACCCGACCGAGUUCGCCAAGAUCUGCGUGGAGCUGCUGUGCGAGCUGGACAUCAACGUGGAGGUGCGCACGGCGGGCUGGGCGGCGGCGCGCGACAUGGGCGGGCUGGCGAGCCUGGGCCGCUCAUCCGUGCAGCCGCCGCUGUACGUGGAGGCGUCAUACUACGGCGCGGGCGCGGGCGAGCGGCCCGUGGUGCUGGUGGGCAAGGGCGUCACGUUCAACAGCGGCUCGCUGGCGCUGAAGAGCCGCGAGGAGCUGCGGCACAUGCGCGGGGACAUGGCGGGCGCGGCGGCGGCGGUGGGCGCGCUGCGGGCGGCGGCGCGGCUGCAGCUGCCGCUCAACCUGCGCGCCAUCCUGCCGCUGUGCGAGGUGAUGCCGAACGGGCGCUCGCCGCGCUCGGGCGACGUGGUGCGCGCGGGGGACGGCUGCUCCGUGCGCCUGCGCCAGCCGUCGCGCGAGUCGCGCCUGCUGCUGGCGGACAGCCUGGUGCACGCGCGCAGCUACUGGCCGCGCUGCAUCGUGGACGUGGGCACCAUGUCGCAGGAGCUGGCGGCGACGCUGGGCGGCGCGGCGUGCGGCUGCUACUGCAACAGCGAGCGGCUGUUCGCGCUGCUGGAGGCGGCGGGCGCGGCGACGGGCGACCGGCUGUGGCGGAUGCCGCUGUGGGGCUACUACGCGGCGCGGGUAAGGGACACCAGCACGGCGGACCUGGCCAGCAGCGCGCGCCACCGCUACGGGGACUCGCCGCACUGCGCCGCCUACUUGCGCCAGUUCGUGUGCGACAGCGCGUGGGCGCACCUGGACAUCCACAACGUGGCCUACACGCGCGGCGCCGACUGCGUCUACUUGCCCCGAGGGAUGACGGGCCGCCCCACACGCACGCUCAUACAGCUGCUCUACAACCUCAUCGCGGAUCCCAAAUUGUGAACGUUACACCACAUCAACAGCUAUCUACACUCCCCUGUAUUGUUGUUUAUAUCUUUCGUUUGUAAGUAAGGCUAUGUUCAUGUUUGGCGCAAAAUAAAAAGUUUACCAUAAG